GUUGUCAACAAUUUUGGGGUCUUUUCACCUUCGGUGUGGAGUGUCGUGUUAUAAUUUUUUCAUAUACGCCAUAAAUAAAAAUAAUAAACCUAAUUCUAACACAAUACUGUGCUGUAAAAUCUUCAUUAUUUUGUAAUUCUCAUAGGUACACCGACACUGCAACACAUUUAUAGGUGCCCCGUGGCUUAGCUGUGUUUGCAAGGCAUCAACGAUCUGCAAUAUUUCAUGGCAAAUACAUCAAAUCUGUAUUAGACAAAUAUACUAGUGAAAUGUCUUUCCCUGGACGUCCUCCCCUUAUGCAGGGCUUGCCUAUGCCUUAUAUGCCCAUGGGUGCUCCUGCUCCUCCUAUGAUGUCUGCUGUGAUGCCCAUUCAACACAUGGUGCCAAUACAAGUCAGUAGUGCCCCAUCCAUCAGAGCGUUUCCUAAGCUGAACCCUAAUAGAGAGCAGCAAAAGCAGAUGCAGGGACCAGCGGUUACUGUUUUUGUUGGUAAUAUAACCGAACGAGCUCCGGACAUGAUGAUUCGGCAGAUCCUCGCCGCGUGCGGCCACGUGAUCAGCUGGAAAAAGGUGAAAGCGUUCGGUUUUUGCGAAUUGGCUGGUCCGGACGCCGGACUCAGAGCUGUCAGGCUGCUGCAUGAUCUCAUGGUGGGCGAAAAGAGGCUCGUAGCCAAGGUCGACGCCAAAACUAAGACUGUUCUCGAUGAAUAUAAAGCUGAAAGAAGAAGAAGGCAGAAAGGAACAACAUCUCCUCUUCAAGAUGAGCCUGAGGAAGAAGAAUUAGAUGAAGAAACUCAAGCUCUUGAUUCUGUGGCGAUGGAGCGGAUCAGGCAGAUUCUGAUCGACUACAAAGAGGAAAUGGAUAGAUUUGAAUUGAGAAAAGAAGAGGAAGUACAUGAGAAGUGGAAUAGGGUGCUGGCAGACGCAGAAGUUGAAGAAGAAAAACGGGAUCUCAUAACCAGAGAAAUUGGCAAGUUCCGUGAAAUCAUGAAAAAACAAGAGGAGGAGAAGGAAGUUAGAAAGAGAGAAAAGGAAGGUAAAGAAAGAACGCGUGAUAAGGAUAGAGAUAGAGCGGAUCGAGAGAGGGAAAGGGAUAGGUCGCAUACGCACUCUCCUAGUCCGGCGAGAAAGAAGGAGAAGGAAAAACGAAGGCAUUCGAGGUCCAGGUCUCACGAGAAGAGCCGCGAGAGAGAAAAGGAACGUGAGCGGGAACGCGAACGAGAACGGGAACGCGAGAGAGAACGUGAACGGGAAAGAGAACGGGAACGCGAAAAAGAACGUGAGCGAGAACGGGAGAGAGAGCGAGACAGAGACAGGGAGCGAGAUCGAGAAAGAGACAGGGACAGAGAUGAGAAGAAGAGCUCGAAGAAUCUGCUUAGAGAUAAGGAGAUUGAAGAAGAGGCUAAAGAGAAGAAGAAAGCUGAGAGGAAGGCUAGAGAAAAGGAAGCUGCAUAUCAGGAAAGAUUGAGGCAAUGGGAGACGAGAGAACGAAGAAAAGCUAAGGAAUACGAAAAGGAACGGGAAAAAGAACGCCUGAAAGAGGAAGAACGUGAGCGUGACGCUAAACGUCUUAAGGAAUUUUUGGAGGAUUACGAUGACGAGAAGGAUGACAUCAAAUACUACAAGGGUAGAGAAUUGCAAAGACGAGUAGCGGAACGGCUGAAAGAGGCUGAACUAGACAACAAGGACAGGCUGAAGGAAAAGGAGGAAAUAGAAGAGUUGAAAAAUAGGAUAUUCGCUGGCGAACAUGAUGAUCCAAACGCGGAAUUCGAAAAGGCGAAAAAGGAAAGAGAAGAACAAUAUAAGCCCAAGCUACUCAUAGAUGUGAACUUGGAACAUUCAAAACAAAAGGAACGAGAAAAAGAACGAGAAAUGGAACGGCAGAGGGCUAGAGAACGAGAACGGAUACGAGAAAUGGAAAGGGAAAGAGAGAGGCAACGGAAGAGAGAAGAACGUGAAAAAUACGUCUUGCAGCAAGCAGCAGAAGAAUUGGCAGCAGUCGAAGCUGAACCGAUCGACAGUGAUAGUGACAUGGAUGCAAAUCACUAUAGUCCGGCUGUGGAUCAUCAUGAUCACAACUCCGUAGAUAACAAGGACUCUGCGCAGUGGACGACAGUCCAACCUCCUGAAGAAGACUCUAGGCAAUCGUUCGCAUCGAACCACGAUGAUCAACCUACCCCCCCUCCCACUGGCACUGGUAUGAAAAUCACCCUGUCUAAACCCAUCUCGCUACACUCUCCGACGAGGGAUUCCAAGAGGAAAAAAACGGAUCUCAGGGAAGUGUUCAAUCCGGACGAGGACGAUUCAGGCACGCAUGUCAAGAAGAGGAAGUUGGUACCAUUAGAUUACAAUGAAGAUAGGAAGAGCAAAAAGGAGAAAGAGGACAAGAAAUCCGAGGAGGAGAAAAGGAAGCACAUAAGAACUCUGAUAGAACAAAUACCAACGGAGAAAGAUGCGUUGUUCGCGUAUCAGUUGGACUGGAGCGUCAUAGACAACGCGUUGAUGGAGAAGAAAAUCAGGCCUUGGAUCAACAAGAAGAUUAUAGAAUAUAUCGGCGAGCCAGAACCUACUCUGGUAGACUUCAUAUGUUCGAAAGUUCUAGCUGGAUCGCAGCCGCAAGUUAUUUUGGAAGAUGUACAAAUGGUAUUAGACGAAGAAGCCGAGGUAUUUGUCGUGAAGAUGUGGCGAUUGUUGAUUUACGAAGUGGAAGCAAAGAGAUUGGGCUUGGUGAAAUAACACCUUGCGAAAUCGUAACAGUGUACAUAUUUUGAAGUUAGUUUAAUUAAGUUCACAUCUGUAAUUAUUUUUUAUCCAUUAUACAAGCUAUGAUACUUC